AGAAAAUAUUGAAAAUGUUGAAGAAAAUCAUUAGACAAGACUCAAUGAACUGUUAAAUCUGUUUAGUGACUGUUGGAAAAGUGAUAACUGACAGAAACUGUUUCUGUUUGUUUUGCAGUAUCUGCUGGUGCAGUGAAGUCAGUGUCAGUGAUGGAGGGAGAUUCAGUCACUCUACACACUGGUCUUACUGAAAUACAGAGAGAUAAAUUCAGUAUACAGUGGAUGUUUGGAGACCGUCUCAUAGCUGAAAUCCCUAAAAAGCAAAAACAGUUCAAUGAAAGUGAUGGGAAAUUCAGCGGCAGACUGAAGCUGGAUAAUCAGACUGGAUAUCUGAACAUCACAAACAUCAGAACCACAGAUUCUGGAGAUUAUGAACUGCAGAUCAGCAGCAGCAAUUACACCAUAAACAGGAGAAUCAAUGUUACUGUCACUGGUUCAGGUCUGUCUCCAGGUGCUGUAGCAGGGAUUGUUGUUGUUGUUGUUCUUCUGGUGGCUGCAGCUGCAGCUGCUGUUGUGAUUUACUAUUGCCACAAGAUCUGUAAACUAGGAAGCGGUGGGCAAGAGAAUGGACAAAACCAUCAGAACCAGCACACAGAUGAUCCUGCUAAUGAAAAGACUGAAUUGGCCAACAGAUCUUGAAACAGAGAACAGCAAUAGCUUAUAGUUGUUAUAACAGUAUACACAUGAAGAGUGUAUGAAGUCAAGCCGUUUGCAAUGUUGAAAUAUAAAAACUAAUGAAUGAAGGCUUUCAUUUGGUUUGACAUAAUUAUAGAAACAUGCUUUGAUUUAUGAUGAAACUGAUGUAACAGUUUGCUGUUUGUGCUGAUGCUGAUAUUGCACUGAUGAUAUUAUGUUGUUUUGUACUAAGAGCCAGUUUGACUGAUCCAUUGUGAUGCAGGAUGUUACACUGUGAAAUGGCUGCAAACUUUUUCAGGAAUGAUCUCAAACUAAUGAAUGUAUAUAUGCUUUUAUUCUUGUUUGUUUUUAUUUGAUGCUCUUGCACUGUUACAUCACACAUAUUUGUGCUUUAUUGAAGUGUUCAUGCUUAAAUAUUCUGUAUGGUAAAAAUAAUAGACGCAAUUAUAUUAUUUUUAAAUCUGUCUGUCGCGCAAUAAGAUGUGAAUGCGAUAUCUGAUAUGUGUGUUCAUACAGGGGUAACAGAUGAUCUUACUGUCUAAACAUUUCAUUCCUUCAGCUUUUGCUUGUUUAGAAACCAGUGUCAUAACAAGAAAACACAUCACAGUAUUCUCAGUUCACAUUUUAGG